GAGGGGGACCCCCGAGUCGCCCCCUCUCCUCCCCCCGCCCCCCCUCGCCAUCCUCCGCCACCGCCCGAGCAGCUGCGGGGCCGCCGCCGCCGCCGCCGCCUUUGCAGGCUGAGUCAUCGCUAGAGAGUGGGAAGGGCAGCAGCAGCAGCAGCAGCAGCAGCAAAGAACCCAAAGCCUAAAACUGAUCUCGCAAAGCACCAUUUCUCCAAGUUGGGGGCUCAGAGGGGAGCCAACAUGAGCGAUGUUACCAUUGUGAAGGAAGGUUGGGUUCAGAAGAGGGGGGAAUACAUAAAAAAUUGGAGGCCAAGAUACUUCCUAUUGAAGACAGAUGGCUCAUUCAUAGGCUACAAAGAGAAACCUCAAGAUGUGGACUUACCGUAUCCCCUCAACAACUUUUCAGUGGCGAAAUGCCAGUUAAUGAAAACAGAACGACCAAAGCCAAAUACAUUUAUUAUCAGAUGUCUUCAGUGGACCACUGUUAUAGAGAGAACAUUCCAUGUAGAUACACCAGAGGAAAGAGAAGAAUGGACAGAAGCUAUCCAGGCUGUAGCAGACCGACUGCAGAGACAAGAAGAAGAGAGAAUGAAUUGUAGUCCAACUUCACAAAUUGAUAAUAUAGGAGAGGAAGAGAUGGAUGCAUCUACAACCCAUCAUAAAAGAAAGACAAUGAAUGAUUUUGACUAUUUGAAACUACUAGGUAAAGGCACUUUUGGGAAGGUUAUUUUGGUUCGAGAGAAGGCAAGUGGAAAAUACUAUGCUAUGAAGAUUCUGAAGAAAGAAGUCAUUAUUGCAAAGGAUGAAGUGGCACACACGCUUACUGAAAGCAGAGUACUAAAGAAUACCAGACAUCCAUUCUUAACAUCCUUGAAAUAUUCCUUCCAGACAAAAGACCGUCUGUGUUUUGUGAUGGAAUAUGUUAAUGGGGGAGAGCUGUUUUUCCAUUUGUCGAGAGAGCGGGUGUUCUCUGAGGACCGCACACGUUUCUAUGGUGCAGAAAUUGUCUCUGCUUUGGACUAUCUACAUUCUGGAAAGAUUGUGUACCGUGAUCUCAAGUUGGAGAAUUUGAUGCUGGAUAAGGAUGGCCAUAUAAAAAUUACAGAUUUUGGACUUUGCAAAGAAGGGAUCACAGAUGCAGCUACCAUGAAGACAUUCUGUGGCACACCAGAGUAUCUUGCACCAGAGGUGUUAGAAGAUAAUGACUAUGGCCGAGCAGUAGACUGGUGGGGCCUGGGUGUUGUCAUGUAUGAAAUGAUGUGUGGGAGGUUGCCUUUCUACAAUCAGGAUCAUGAGAAACUUUUUGAACUAAUAUUAAUGGAAGACAUUAAAUUUCCCCGAACACUCUCUUCAGAUGCAAAAUCAUUGCUUUCAGGGCUCUUGAUAAAGGAUCCAAAUAAACGCCUUGGAGGAGGGCCAGAUGAUGCAAAAGAAAUCAUGAGGCAUAGUUUCUUUUCUGGAGUAAACUGGCAAGAUGUAUACGACAAAAAGCUUGUACCUCCUUUUAAGCCUCAAGUAACAUCUGAGACGGACACAAGAUAUUUUGAUGAGGAAUUUACAGCUCAGACUAUUACAAUAACACCACCUGAAAAAUAUGAUGAAGAUGGCAUGGACUGCAUGGACAACGAGCGGCGGCCACAUUUCCCUCAGUUUUCCUACUCUGCAAGUGGACGAGAAUAAGUCUCUUUCGUUCUGUUUCUACACUGUCAUCUUAGAUUUUGCCACUGAGAAUGAUCCCUGGACCUCUCCACCAGUCCUCGCUCUUACAGUUAGCAGAGGCACCUCUGACAUCCCUGACCAGCCCAGGGUCUUCACCUCCUACCACCUCUCACCCACAUGAGAACACAUACACAGACACUCCAGCUUUUGUUUUUGCAUGAAAUUGUAUCUCAGUCUAAGGUCUCAUGCUGUUGCUGCUACUGUCUUACUAUUAUAGCAACUUUCAGAAGUCAUUUUACAAUCUUUGGGAGUCACGAGCCCAUUGUUCAUUUGUGCAUCAAGUGUCAUCCUUUGGUUUUGGUUUUUCCCUAGCAGUGAAGGCUAAAUGAGACACACUGAUUCUAGGUACAUUUUUAACCUUCUAGGAGAUAAAUCAAGAACUAACUAGACUAAGAAGAUUUAGUUUAUAUUUCUGAACAAGCAGUUGUCGAAGGGUGGUGGGUGUCUAUGUAAGAGUUUAGCAACGCAUGCGUAACCAGCGCAUAAAGUAUGUAUCGCUGACAUUUGGCUGGAAAGCCUUAGGAAGCAUUGAGAGGAUUGAAGGGCUGAUGGGAUACACGUGUUUUUAAUUCCUGCUGGAUAGUGUGGAGGAAGCCCAGUGUCACCCAUGGAUGCCCAGAUGUCAUGGGCAAAUGGACAUUGUUCUACCAAGUCCUGAAGGUGCCGAGUCACCUAGAGGACCUUAGGGUCUACUUUGUACCAGAGAGCAUUUUCUCCUGGGCUUGGCAACCUUUUACCCUUCUUGAUAUUUAUCACCUCUGAUGGCUGAAGAAUGUAGACAGUACAAUGAUCCUGCUGUCGCCAAAAUCUAUACACCAAGGUGAACAGGUGUUUGCCUUAUCAGUUUUGAAGUUUUUUUUUCUUUCAGUUAUAGAUGAAUGAGCUUUUUCUCAGAUGUUAAAACUUUGAAUGUCCUUUAUGAUUUUGUUUAUAUUACAGUAGUAUUUAUUUUUUAGUGAUAAGAAUUGUAUUGUCAUGUUAGCAAACGCAGCUCCAACUCACAGGUCAUUGACUGCAGUUUCUUUUGACCCAUGUGCAAGGAAUGUACACACCCAUUAGAAUCAUGCACUUUUUCUCCUUUGUAAAAAUGGUAAGGCUUUGGAUUAGAUCUAUUGGUUAGAAUCUUUGGGAGAAGAGAUGCUGGAAUUUAACCCCUUGGUGCUGAAAUGAGAAAAUCCCCAACUACCCAUUGCCAAGGGGUUGGUGGAGGAGAUGGAUGAUGGUGGUUGCUCCUGUGAGCGGAUGUGUGAGUAUAGCCUGUCAGAAGGUAAUGCAGAAAGCUGAGACCCAAAUGCUUAGAAGAAAUGAACUUUACUUGGCAAAAUGAACACAUCACAAAUAUUCACACAGUAGGAAGGGACAAGAAGCUGGUGUGUUUAUUCUUAUCAAGGUACAUUCAUUACUGAAUCAAGCCAUCAGGGAAAACAACAAAACAGAACACCUCUAGCUUUUCUUUUUCUGUACAUACUCAUGUCUCCCAAUCCCAAACAUUUCUCACCAAGAGGGGACAUGUAUGCAAACCUCAUCUUUCUCCUUCAUUAAUGAUGAUCUUCAGAUUAAACCCUUUGGUGCUAGGAGCUGACAUUUUCCAAAGCAGACUAUGAAGUCCAAGGAUCAAAGCCUUUCUUGCAGCAAGCAGGAGGGCACCUGCUCCAAGGAGUGAUCAUGGAAAUGUAUUUUAGUGACUAACUGACAGCUCCCAAAUGGAAGACUACAGUGUGACAUAGUAGUGUUGCUGCAUUGUCUUUUUGAGUAGGAAGUCAUGUUCUCAUGCAGAUGUCUUGGCCUCUAGGCUCAGACUUGUGGAAGCAGAGCCGCUGCUGGCAGUGGCUGGCCGCUGGGACUGCUGGGGUGGAAAGGGCAUUUUACUAAGGCAGCUAAGACGGACUCAGACAUAGAUUUUGUUCUAAUUUUUCAUGUUUGUACCUGGGUGAGUUUAUCCUUAGAAUGGAGUAGGAAGUUAAAGUAAACAGAUACUCAUUCUUACAUGUGUAGUCUUUUCUCCUGCUUAGAAUUAUACUGAAUGUUUCACGUUGGCAAGAAAGUAGGUAGAUGGUAUGUCCUUUAAGUUACUGUGCAUCCAUUCUGUAAGAAAAAUGUGAGAGGAAGAAAAGCAAGCUGAGUCUGGCUCAUGUUCAGAGCAUUCAUCUCUCAGAGCGAGCAGACACUGUACACUAAGCACACAGCUUCUUUUGUCUCUCCUCCCAAGUCUUAAGGUGAUUUCAUGACCUUGGCCAAGGAUACUUUGUAAAGAUUAAUGAGGGGGCACUGACAAUGCCUCAGGCUGGCCACUCCUCACACCUGGCCCUUGGUCCCCAACCAUUCAAGGGGUUAUUCAUCCCGUCCCUGGCGCCCUGAGUGUCACAGAAGGUGUGUCCUUGGCUUUGAUUUUGAGAAUCCAUUCCUUGCACCCACAUGUCAGUUAAAUGGCAGAAGUAGAACAGAGAGGUGUGGGGAGGAGAUUCUAAAAACUUAGGUUGCCUAUGCCUACAGCUUAGGCUUCUGGCAGUUGAAAUGGCCUGAAACCUGGAAUCAUCAUGUCGGAUGCAGUUCUGGCUGUGGGAUUCCAGCUCCUACCAGCUCCAGCUUGACCUCUUGUCACCGUGCAGGCUGUCUUGGACGAAACUGGCCACUUCUGCUCAGAUUGCUGCCAGUGUUGCUCACAGCUUUGCUUUCUUCACUAAUGACAUAGCAUUAUUCCAGUAUUGUUUCCAUUUCUCUCCUGACCUCCACAGCUUCUCAGAGCUGACUUCUCACAGGGCCACAUGCUUCUCUUUCCCUCACUAACUGCAGGGUCUCCACCACACCUCAGUGUACACACUUUGCUGCUACCGUCUGUACUGUCUACAUCACAGUUCCCUUUGCUUGCUCCUGGUAGUGCAUUACAGGCAAGCAUGUAAUGUAAAGUAUUUAUUUAAAUAAAAGGAAAACCUCUGAAUUGGUCAUCGAGUCACCUGUAGAUUCGUAGUCUAUGACAUAUUUUGACUUUCGAGUUCUGGUCAUCUGGUUAAGGGUUUGAAGCAGACACAGCUGUGAACCCAGAUGCUGUCUUUACUGUCACUGCUGGCCACACUGCAGAUGUUUGUUUCCUUAAGUAUAUGACCCACAGGGUGUGAAAUAAGUACAGAACCCCCCCCCCCAAACCUGGUUUUGUACACUGUACACCCUUAGUAUCUCACACGCAUCUGAUAGGGACACACAUUACUUUCUUCUACAGACAGCUUAAAUAAAGCCCGAUGUCAAUCUGCUACUUCUCUGUUUGUGGUUGUUGGAUAUGGCUCUGUAAUUUCAGAAAACUAAAUUUUGUACUUCUCUGGAAAAAAAAAAAAAGAUCAUUGCCCCAGCUGGUAUUAACCAACACUGUCUGAAGGUGUGACAGGAAAAUAGGUAAAUGCCUCUUAAGAUAAAACACAUACGGGGUUAUUUUUACUUGAGCAAAAGGCCAAUAGCAUGCUUGUAUAAACUGAUGAAGGGCUAGGAGUCGUGUCACUGGCUACCAGCACUAGGUUUCAAGGCACAGCUACUAGGAUGCCAGAGACAGAAUAGGUUGUAGAUCCUAAGGUCUUAAUAAGAAAUGAUGUGGGCCCAGAAUUCUCAAGGAAUGUAGCUUAUCACUAAUGUCUUCCUGAUAACAUACUGCUCUGCACACUUCCUUGCAAGUGUAUCUUUAACCCUUGAUGGCAUUUUAUAACUUAGAUGUGAGUAAUCAAUGCUAGAAUGUCUGGAUUACAUUGGAUCAUUUCGGAUGGGGUGUAUUUCUGAUUUUACCUCAUAAGCUACAAUUGUAGAACUUGGCUUUGCUCUUGUGAGUUCACCAGAGAGAGGCAUGACUUCUGGGACCAGUUAGGCAUGCAUGUGUAUUUCUCACAGCUAAAUUUGGGGACAUUCUUACAUGUGCUGUCCUCAGAAUCAACUGGGGUUGACAGAUCCAGGAGGCUGAAAUAAAGUGACCUCUACAACUCUUUAUAAAGGUGCUAUUUUUAGAAUAUUGUAUAAUUUAUUCAUGGUAUACAUAAAACAGAAUUGAGGACAGUUAAAAUAUGUGACAGCUUUAUGUCUAGUGCAUUUGAUGAAACCAGAAGCUUCUGACUCAGAACCAAAGUUCUGCUGUUCGAGGCUUGCACCUUUGACAUCAUGCCCCAGAGAUGAGCAUGGCCAGCCCACUGUCGUGACACCACCUCCAUGGCCUGCGCUGCAUGAUUGUGAGGGGCAGGCAGAGCAUGUGCACGCUAGGCCUCUGUUGAGAGCCUCGGCUGCUGGGUUGCUGGCUGGGAAAGACGGGAGCUUAGGGUUGUCUGACAUGCAGCCUUGCCCUUAGUGUUUCAUCCCACCUCAGACACCACCACCAUCAUCUCAGCAUUCACUUUUUGUUUUGUUUCGUGGUGCUGGGGAAGGAACCCAGGGCCUCACACAUGCUGGGCAAGUACUCUACCAAUGAGUUACACCCCAGACCUUCCAGUGUCCAUUUGUAUUCCUUUAAAGCAUUUGAGGGCUUGACUGUAUAGUAGAAUACUAUUUUAGACUAAAAAUAUGAUCUGUGUACAGAUAUUUGAUAUACUGUUAAGUAAAUUUUCUAAUUUCACAUACAUUUGUUUUUAGGCUCCUCUCAAAUACCGCUAUCGAAGACAAAAAUAUGACACCAUCGAGCCAAAGAUGCCUUUUUUUUUUGGUGUGGGGGGGGGCUGUUUUGUGUUGUUCAGAGACUGGAAAGAAUAAUGCAGAGUGCUUCUUGAGUGCACACAGUUCAAUGGUAAAUACUGGAUGCCAGUUAAAGGUAUACAUGAUCGUUAUAUCACAAGGGAAAAGAACAAUAAAUGGCAGGAGGAAAGUUGGUCUUCAGUACACUUUGGCUGACUUAAAACAUGUGCCUUUUGGUGUGUUUUGUUUGUCACUGCUACAAAAGCGAAAGGAAACAGAACAACUCAAGUCUUUCAAAAGAUCAUUUUAUUAAUCCC